UCCUCACAAAUGUAUCAACCAUUGGUUCUCCAGCUUCACGAAACCUGCCCGCGACUACGAGAGGCAGCUAUGAGUCGUUCUACCUUAGAGUGAUGGGAGAGUGCUUAAUGCUGAAAACAGCUGUGGAGCUGAUACCAAACCCUCUCGCCUUGCUCUUUAAUCCAUACCAUGCCUUUCGUACGCUUCAGUCUGUUUCGGAAUGAAGAACAACUAACGCCUGAUAACGGAUUGUACCAGAGAACAGCACUGUGCGGAGUUUAGUUUCCUAGAUUUUUACGACAUACAUCAACGUCCCAGAGAUAUUUAAUAGAUACUCUAAGCGUAUAUUCAGAUUAACCUCUGCUGGUGAUAGAUUAUACGGAUUUCAGAAAUUCAAAGAAUUUUGAUAUUAGGCAGGCUGUUACGUAUUUCUAUCCCGACGGGGUACCUUGCAGUGUUUUAGGAGGUGAUUGCUGGAGUGACUACCCGCUGAGAGUACUUGCUUGUCGUGAACUAAACGUUACUCGAUUCAGUGUUCUUCUUUGGGACGAGAUUAUAGAGGAAGUACAGAACGGACCACGGAGUGUGGAUGUAAAAUGGUAUUUGUAGUGUACUUCAGUCCUGAGUCAAUGUGACAGACUGUGACGAACAACGUUAGUGGAUAGAACCACAGUGGAUGAACAUGUCGCAGAAACGCUUCACGCAAGCAAAGGUUGUCAUCCUCGGGGGCCCAGGUGUGGGGAAGACAGCUUUUGCGGUGCGCUAUAUUACGCGACGAUACAUAGGGGACUACGACGCCAAUAAAGAGAUGAUGUACACACACAAGAUAGCCGCCCCCCGUGACGAGCUGACCUUGGAGAUUCUCGAUACAGCAUCGCUGAUGACAGAAGAAACUCUGGAGAAACAUCUGAGAUGGGGCGACGGCUUUGUGUUGUUGUAUUCCGUAACAGAUCGGCAGAGUUUUCAAGAGGCUACGAAACUAAAAGACUGGCUUUUUAAGGUCAGAGGUCAAGAUACUCCAAUCGUAUUGGUCGCCAAUAAAUCUGACCUCCUUACUGCACGUGCAGUGACGGAAGACGAAGGACUUGGAUUGGCGGGAGAAAUGGACUGCCCAAAAUACGAACUAUCUGUGGCGGAAGGAUUUCAAGCUGUGAACGAAACAAUGGAAGAACUACUUUGUCAGAUGAAAAGAGAAUUUGUGAAAGGUCUCACUGCUGCCGUUUCCGGUCUCGAGAAACGCUCGCGACUUUACAAUAUGAAGAAGGCUUUUAAGAAGCGGAUCGUUAGGAGCCGGAGUGAUACGUUUUGAAGGAACACAAAGUGCCACCAUUUAUGCAAUCGACUUCCUUGGCGCCAUGAGCAAUACUUUGUAAAUGGAAACGUGAACUGAGUUUUUGUUGGUAGACGUGUAUUCAUGUGUUGGCAAAUGCUGAACACUGCCAUGUGGUUGUUUUAAGUUGCCUGUUUGCUUUUAAUGUUGAAGACGUGAGUAUUGUUGUUGGUUUAACGGUUGGAUUUUUAAAAUAUACACAAAGAAAUUAAUUAAGCACCCACUGUAUUUUAGCAAUGAUAGGUUUUCAACACGUACAUAAAACUUCUUGUGGUGACCACGAUGGAAAAACAUUUCUGACCCGUAUGAUCCCUUGACUCACGACAAAAUUAUUGGAAUCCAUGCUGAUUUUAUCAUGAUAAUUGCACAUUAAAAACUACACUGAUUUUCAUACAAAAUCAUGUCUAUAGAAGUAUGGCCCUGGAAUGUUUCUUGUUGAAUUAUUUAUUGAUGAAUGUGAAC